GAACGGAACAGAUGAUGUAAAUAAACGGCCGGCGUGUUUUGACGAGUUUUUGUGUCUACGGUCGUCGGUCGCGGUCGCCUCCGUCAGCUGCUGCUGCUACUGCUGCUCCAGUCGUUUGCGUCGUUCGUACCGCGUACCGUUCGUCCGUGUCGUACCGUUCGUGCCGACGCUCAAGACACCCGCACGCUGAUUAACGGUAUCAACAACGGCAAUAAUCACAACAAUAACAAAAAUAACGUUAUGGUCCAUGUGGUUGACAAAAGUGUGGAGCGCCGCCGUUGCCGUCGUCAGAUGACCAUGCGCCGGUCGGGUCGUUGUCUCGGGUUCGCAUUGCGUCAGUGGUGCUAAGUCGAACCGCAGACGACAGUAACGCCGCAACUGUUUAAUAACGUGUACGCGCGCUCUCUCGAUCAAAAUAUACAGUGAACGUCACCACGCCGGUUGAAUUGAGUAUAACCGCUGUUAUACCCAAGUGUGGGUGAUAAAUACUCGUUGUCGCGUAAAAUUCGGCUACAAGGUUUCUAGUUUUUUUUUUUUACCCGUUUAAUAAAAAAUUAGUUCGAUGUGAACCAUUUCCCCGGAAUAUACAAUGAAAGGAGCAUUAUUUGUCGCCGGCCUACUGCUGAUCAUUGCACAGUGGUGGGUUCCCGCAAGCGCAGGAUGGCAAGAGAACGUGAGACCAAAAAUAUCCGCAGUUCGAAUGUCCGAACAUAGUAGGAUAUUUUCCGGUAACAACACACACACGGAUUACUUCAAAACUUUGCUCAGGGAUGGCAACAAUAUUUUGAUCGGAGCCAGGAACGCGGUGUAUAACAUAAGCUUAGCUGAUCUGUCUGAAAACCAAAGAUUGGAAUGGCACUCAACUGAUGCUGAUUACAAAAUGUGCUUAGUUAAAGGCAAAGAUGAGGAUAACUGUCAGAAUUAUAUCAGAGUGUUGGCGAAAAUAUCUGCUGGCCGUAUCCUUGUUUGUGGUACAAAUUCGUACAAACCCCUUUGUCGGGAAUACGUUAUUGAGCCUGGCAAAUAUGUAUUGAGUAAAGAAAGUCCUGGUCAAGCGGUAUGUCCGUAUGACCCGAAACAUAACAGUACAUACGCAUAUGUUGAUGGAAAUUUAUUCUCCGCCACAGUAGCAGAUUUUUCCAGUAUGGACCCUAUUAUUUACAAAGAACAGUUACAGACCGAACAGUAUGACUCAUUGAGCCUGAAUGCUCCACAUUUCGUGCAUUCCUUUGCCCACGGCGAUUUCGUCUACUUCUUCUUCAGAGAAACGGCUGUCGAAUAUAUAAACUGCGGAAAAAACGUAUUUUCUCGGGUAGCGAGAGUGUGUAAAAACGAUCGCGGUGGACCGCAACAGCUCAAAAACCGGUGGACAUCGUACCUGAAGUCUCGUCUCAACUGCUCCGUACCUGGCGAAUUUCCAUUUUACUUCAACGAAAUACAAUCGUCAACUGACUUGGUGCAGGGCGUCUAUGGCACCAAACAGCAUUUCAUGAUGUAUGGUGUGUUCACGACACCAGUCAACAGCAUCACUGGAUCGGCGGUUUGUGCAUUCUCGCUGUCUGACGUGCUUGAUUCUUUCGAGGGCGAGUUCAAGGAACAGAAUUACAUGAACGCCAACUGGUUACCAGUACCUGGGUCUAAGGUGCCAGACCCCAGACCGGGCCAAUGUGCCAACGAUUCUCGGACGCUUCCUGACCUCACGUUGAACUUCAUAAAGAGUCAUUCGCUGAUGGACGAGGCUGUACGGUCGUUCUACCAACAGCCAAUUAUUGUCCGCACGAGCGUCAAUUAUAGGUUCACGGUGAUUGCUGUGGACCCGCAAGUGAAAGCUAUUGACGGAAAGACUUACGACGUCCUUUUUAUCGGAACAGAUAGCGGAAAAGUACUGAAAGCAAUAAACGCAGCUAGCGCGGACACUAACGAAAAAGUGAGUCCGGUGGUCAUCGAAGAGUUAUACGAGUUUGGUGGUCCCGGAACUACCACCGCCGUGCGAAACAUUAAACUCGAAGACAAAAGACUGCUGGUCAUUACCGAUAGACAAGUGGUAUCUCUUCCUCUCGAUAGAUGUCAAAAUGCACUAAUAGUCACAUGCGGUGAAUGCAUUGGUCUUCAAGAUCCGUAUUGUGCAUUUGACAAAGUCUACAAGAAAUGCCGUUCGAUGCGUGAAGUACCUACAAGUCGAUGGCCAGAAUUCAUUCAGAACAUUCAGACCGGAUUACACCACGAAUGCCCUUCGGCAUCUAACAGUAGAAAAGAUUCGAGCAUCGGGUUCGCUUCAAAUGCCCAAAGUGGUGCUAUUGGAAAAUCAAUCGAAGACGUGGGCGAUACGAUAAACCUGUCACAAGAUGACCAAGCUCCACCGUUUGGCGCAAAUAACGACGAUGUAAGAGUAGAUGAACGCCAGGACGGCAGCUACACUAUGGAAACUGUGCUGACUGCCGUUUUCGCCGCAUGUUUGGCCGCGUUGCUGACUGGAUUCCUGGCCGGAUACGCUUGCGCCCGACGAUGCACGAAGAGCGAGGACGACAACUUACCAUACCCAGAUACCGAAUAUGAAUAUUUCGAACAACGGCACAACAUGAAUGCGAGAAGACUUGGUGAACCCAAAUUACUGCCGCAAGAGGAGGUUACGUACGCUGAGCCUGUGUUGAUACCACCGAAUAAGGUGAUACAUGGUUCACCAAAAGCCACACUGAGACAUGCGCCAAUGCCACCGAUGGGCUUUACUCAGUUCCAACCGAACGGCGCUCAAGACAGUUACUAUUCUCAACAGCAAAAUAUCCGCGAUCAUUUCGGAACGCUCCGGUCGCAAAGGGAACACAAAAACGAAGGAAAUAAUUAUCACCACCGGGACGGUUUCGGGACGACGCGCAGUGUGAAGAAAGUGUACCUCUGAGCUCAUCGCCGUCACCGCCGGCAUCGCCUUCAUUGGCCGCACGCAUGACACCGCAGCAACAGCAACAGCAACAACCUUCGUCGCAGCAGCAGCAACAACAACAACAGUUGCAACUGCAGCAGCAACAGCAGCAACAACAACAACAGCA